AUGACUUCCUAUCCUAAUUUAAAUCCAGACCAAUUCAUUCAUCAGUUAGUUAGUAUACGGCAGAAACAAACACAAGUUUUGGAAGAACUUCUUCAGUUAGAAAUGCGAAUUCUUUAUAAGUUUUUACCAUCUGAACUUGAUCAACUAGAAAAGAUAGUUGCACCAAUUACAUAUAUACCCUUAAAUAAUGAACAUAAAACUAAUGAAUUGAAUAAUAAACGUUAUAAAAUGAUACAAGAUGCAAAACGUCAAUGGUUACAUAUUUCGUUAUCUGUAUAUGAAACUAAAUUACAACAAUACAAUCAGAGACCGGCGGUAUUGCAAAAAUUUGAUACCGUCUCGUACCGUGUACCGCUUUAG